CCGAGUAAUUUAUGACGUAACUUCAUUCUCCAUUAACCGUAAAGUCGCACGAUUAAACUUUGUGAUAUAAAACUAGAAAUGGCUUAUGAAUCGUGAAUUCACGAUUGCCAUCCUAAAACAUCUCAUUCAUUGACUUUGAAUGGAAUAAAAUAAUAAACACGUCAAAUAAAAGCUUAAUAAACAUAAUUGAAAUAACAUAUCACUCAAAACAAUUGUAGGGAAACUGGUGAAGAAACUAAAUUGAGUUAGCUUCACCCUAUAUCUAUAAGGGUACGACCGAAAGUUAAUUAAUAAACGCCUCUAAACUCAGAAUUUUAGAUUAUAUACACAGAUUAUCAUUAAAUAUGAUAUUUGCUUGAAAAAAGGAUUAUAUUAAACAAAUAUUAUAUCAACCAAACCAAUAUGGCGUUAGGCCUAUCGACAUCUGUCUGAAAUUCACAAGAUUUGUGAUGCAAGAUGGCUGCCGUGCGGUAAGUUUUUAUUGACGCACGUCAUAAUUACUUUAUCGUUGUGCCAUUUAAUGAAUUUUGUUAUGUAGUGUGAAAUUAGUGUUUUCUAUGUAUAAGUGGCCUGAUAUGCCGAGCUCAGAGGAACUGAGAUCUCGGCAAUCAAGUAAUCGUGACUCUCCCGGUUCUAGUGUAAAUAGAACUCACUCAUCUAGCCAUAAUAGAAGAUCUAGGCAUAAUAUGUCUGCUGGUGGUAGACGGCAUAAAAAAUCUGCUCAUAAAGGACACAAGAAAAAGUACAGUAGAUCUGAUAAAGAACUACUACAACCUGUGAAACCUUUAGUUGAAUACGAUGAUGUGAGUUCGGACUCACCCUUUUUUUCCGACCACAGAGAAAGUUCUGAAAAACUGUCUUCUCCAGAAAAUAAACCGGACAAAAGAAACAGUAAUACUAAACAAGAAUUUCCUCAUAAGUCUCGGAAAAACCGUGCUAAAGACAAUUAUGUUACAGAAAGAAGAGAUCGAAGUAAGGAUCAUGAUGAUAAGUUAUUCAAUAAAUCGAGAAGUACCAGUCAUUCCAGAAAACGUGAUAAAUUUGAAAAAGAUAGUUUACAGAGAGAAAGAGCAUCAGGUAGUAGGGAAUCCUCCCAUUUCUCUCACUUACGACAAGCAGAAAAUAUGUAUCAACCUCCUCAACAUCACAGAGAAAGAACUAAGUCUAGAAAUAAAAAUAAGCAAAAGAAAAGAUCUAGAAAUGAAGGAGCCCCACGUGCCUAUAGGAAGAGGACUCCACCUUCUCCUAUUGAAAAUACUCAAGCCUGGAUCAACAAGCCCCGAAAAAGGACUCCUGAUUCUCGUGCUAGGCACAAAUAUAAUUUAUCCAAAAGCCCCAGCCCUUAUCCUAGAAAUUUCAAUGCCUGGUCUAGAAGUAGAAGUCGAAGCAAAAGUCCACUCAGAAAUAGAAGGUUUACGACAUCUAGCCGAAGCUUUAGUCGAAGCCCGGUAAGGUGGAAAAAUCGUAAUCAGCGUUCAAUAUCUAGGACUAGUACUAAAUCCAGAUCACGUUCUAGUUCUCCUCAUAGAAAACAUUCAAAACGAACAAGAAGUCCGAGCAUUUCCGAAUUCGCUUCAAGUUUAGCUUCUGAAUGUAAACACAGGAGAGCUAAAAGACUAAAACAUAGACAAACCUUAAUUAUUCAAAAAGAACCAGAAAAAGAAAUUGUUACCAAUUCGGAAAAUGGUAGUAACUUCCAAUCUAAUACAACAGCCGAUUUUUCUGACAAUUCCUUGUCUUCUACUGUUUUCAAUUCACAAGAAGCUGUUUCAGUUACUGCGUCCGAUCCACAAGAACAGGUUCAACUUAUUGAGGAAACAAGUGUCUUAUGUGAUAGUCAAACUGAGGUUCCUCCUGAGCCACCUUCUCAGGAUACCAGUAUGGAAGAGAGCCAUGUUGAAACUCCAGUUGUUCCAAAGUCUCCUGAACCUCAGCCUUCAACGCCAGAGGCAGAGACGCCUCCUAUGCCUGAAACUAAACAACCUCCAUUACCUGAAACGAAACCUCCAUUACCCACUCUUCCACCAUUACCACUUCCACCUGUUGGGCCUGAUGAUGACGAUGUGUUAGAUGACGAAGAUGAAGGUGAAAUUACUCCUCCACCUAUAUCUCCUAUUAUUAAAGAAAAGAAACCAAGCACACCUCCAAAGAAAGGUAUUAAAGAUCUUCCAUUGCCUCCUGGAAUCAAGGAAGAAGAUAUCAUGUCUCCAGAUGGGGAGGAUAAUAAAUCUCCCAUUGAUGUGGGUAAACCAGAACCAUCAGGGACAUUUCAAACAUCUCAAAGACAAAUGCUUCUUAAAAAUACAAUAGCUCAUCUGGAUUCAAUACCUAGGCAUAAACGGCAUUUAAGGAUUUUAAAUAGAGACAAUGAUAUUGAUAAUAGAACACCUAGUUGGGGUGAAAGAUGUGUUGAUGUCUUCAAUAUCAUUUGCCAAAUUGGAGAAGGAACCUAUGGGCAAGUGUAUAAAGCCAAAGACAGAGACACUGGACAACUAGUAGCCCUGAAGAAAGUUAGGCUUGAAAAUGAGAAAGAAGGUUUUCCUAUAACAGCCGUGAGAGAGAUAAAAAUAUUGAGGCAGUUAAAUCACCAAAGCAUUGUGAAUUUGAUGGAAAUUGUUACUGAUAAACAAGAUGCUCUAGAUUUUUGUAAAGAUAAGGGAGCAUUCUACCUAGUCUUUGAAUAUAUGGACCAUGAUUUGAUGGGAUUACUGGAGAGUGGCUUGGUUGAUUUCUCUGAAAUUCACAUAGCAUCUUUUAUGAAGCAGUUAUUAGAUGGUUUGAGAUAUUGUCACAUGAAGAAUUUCUUGCACCGUGAUAUUAAAUGCUCUAAUAUACUCAUGAAUAAUAGGGGGCAAAUAAAGUUAGCUGAUUUUGGUCUUGCUAGAUUAUAUAACGCAGAUGACAAACAACGACCCUAUACGAAUAAAGUUAUAACAUUAUGGUAUAGGCCUCCUGAGUUAUUAUUAGGAGAAGAAAGGUAUGGUCCACCCAUAGAUGUAUGGAGCUGCGGGUGCAUUCUUGGAGAAUUGUUUACUAAAAAACCUAUCUUUCAAGCAAACCAAGAAAUGGCUCAACUUGAAUCCAUAAGUCGAAUAUGUGGAACACCGUGUCCAGCUGUAUGGCCUAAAGUCAUACAACUUCCUCACUGGCAUACAUUUAAACCAAAGAAACAAUAUCGUCGUAGACUAAGAGAAGAAUUUUCUUUCAUGCCUUUAGCAGCUUUAGAGUUACUAGAUCAAAUGCUAGAACUGGAUCCAGAAAGACGUAUAACUGCCGAAAACUCCUUAAGAUGUGAGUGGCUUAAAGACAUCGUACCUGAACAAAUGGAACCACCUGAUUUACCUCUAAAUCAAGAUUGUCAUGAAAUGUGGUCUAAACGAAGAAGACGCCAGAUAAGGCUGGAUCAAGAAGCUCUUGCAGCUGCCAUGGGGAACAAUCCUACUCUGUUAGCUCAAACUAUGGACAGCAUGUCUAUUUUAAAUUCUGCUGCAUUCAACCCAAAACUUCAUCAAAAUUAUUCAGAAAAUUCUGCCACUAGUACAUGGACCUCAGACUUGCCAGUUACGUGGAAUAAAAAAGAUAAAACUGAUGAUAAAGCUGAAAGAAAAGCAUAGCUAUGGUUUCUUGUGUGUAUGCAUAGUUAAAACUGACUGUGAUUAAAAUCAUGAUUCCUCACAUUGUAUAAUAUCACUCAAAACAAGUUCCCACACACAAAACCCUCAGCCAUUUUAGGACAAAAUAAAUAAUGUGAUUUAAAAAAAACAAUGAAUUGACCUAAAUACCUUCUUCAUGAAAUGAAUUCGAAAACUAGUAGGAAUAUUAUUUUAAUUUACUUGGGAAAGAAUUGAGGACUCCUGUUGCAUUGUGAUUGAAAGCUACAAAUUUUAGUCUUUUCUAUAUUUAUCUCCGAAAAAGCAUUUUCGUGACGCCAUGUUUGGAUUUUGUUAUUCUUUAAGAGAAACUUACACGCCUACUGCAUCUGUAUAUAUAUAUUUGAUUUCAAGUUACAACUUGAAACAUAUGCUUAAAUGAAUUAUUUUGACAUACAUGCUGCCACGGUGUGUAUUGUAAUUUCCAAUGAAAUUUAGAUUUAUUGCACCUUGGUUUUUAUGGUUAUACAACAAACUCAGUUGUUAUUUACAGGAAAUUUCCAUUGCUGCUACUUCCUAGAUAGGUUGUGAUAAUUUUACCUAUUUUGUGCAAACUAGUUGCCGGUUUGAGUCGAUUGUUUUGUGAUCAAAAUAUAAACUGUAAAAAAAAAUAAUUAUAAAACUUGUUCUUGAGGUUUUUAAAGUGAUCAGAAAAAAAUAUAUACAUCCUUCACAAUGGUGUCCUUACAUGCUUUUUCUAAUUGUGUGAAUACAAUUGCAGAGCUUGUAAUAUCUAAUUAUUAUUGUAAUAAAAUAUUAAACUAA